AUGCACUACCAUAUUUGGCUUAUAAUUUCUGUGGUGUUUAACCUUAAAACAUCAUUGCUUAUAAUUCGUCCUGUUGGAUCGAGACGAUUUAAGACUGAUCAAUUCUGCUACAGCUCAAAAAGCGAGCAUUCGAAAACUAAGUCAAGCUUUGCGUGUCCUUCAUGUUAUGACCAUUUCGAUGAUUACGAAGAUUUGAAAUCUCAUGUCCACAGCUCGCAUAUGGGUGAAAGAAAUAAGGAAGGCAAAAGGCAACGGGAAGAUGAACCUGAAUUGACACCUCUUGCAGCCAAGAAAGUAUCUCUUGCACUUAAAGAAAAGACUGCAAUUUUAACAUUCAUAAACUACAAAGCUGGAAUGUACUCGACAGGCGGACCAAAACUUACAGAAAAAUCCAUCAACGAACUUUAA